UCUCUAACUCAAUAAUUCUUCUGUUCUGGUUCUUUUAAUUUACUAUUCUCUACUUCUCUCCCUCCCUCCCUCAUUUUAUCUGCUUCCUUCUCUCUCUAAUGGAUCAAGAUAGCAUUUUGAAGUUUCUGGAUAACAAGGCCAUUUUAGUCACUGGUGGUGCUGGAUUUUUAGCAAAGAUAUUUACGGAGAAGGUGCUAAGAUCUCAACCAAAUGUCAACAAGGUCUAUCUUCUACUAAGAGCUCCUGAUAACAACUCAGCUUCACUAAGGUUGCAAAAUGAGGUGAUUGGAAAAGACUUGUUCAAAGUUUUGAAGCAAAAGUUUGGAGCAAAUUUCAGUACCUUCAUAGAAGAAAAGGUGUGUGUGGUGCCAGGUGAUAUUACUUGUCAAGAUUUGGGAAUUAAAGAAUCUAAAUUAAAGGAGGAAUUAUGGAGAGACGUUGAUGUUAUUGUUAACCUUGCUGCAACCACCAACUUUGAUGAAAGGUAUGAUGUAUCACUGUAUAUCAACACUUAUGGUGCUAAGUAUGUUUUGGAGUUUGCUAAGAAAUGUGCUCAUUUGGAGGUGCUCGUCCAAGUUUCAACUGCGUAUGUAUCUGGUGAAAUGAGUGGACUUGUAAAGGAGAGUCCUUACUUCAUGGGUGACACACUAAAUGGCAGACCUGGCUUGGACAUUGAUUUAGAGAAGAAACUUAUUGAGGAGAAAUUAGAUGAGCUAAAAGCCGAGGGAGCCAUGAUGGGAACUAUCAAGAUAUCUAUGAGGAACAUGGGUCUUGAGAGGGCAAGGCACUGGGGAUGGCCAAAUGUUUAUGUGUUUACAAAGGCGUUAGGGGAGAUGGUUCUACUUCAUGAAAAAGGAGAUGUUCCUCUUGUUAUUAUUCGUCCAACCAUGGUUACCAGCACUCUUAAAGAACCUUUCCCCGGUUGGGUUGAAGGUAUUAGGACUAUUGACAGUUUAGCUGUUGCUUAUGGAAAAGGGAGGUUACCAUGCUUCUUGGGUGACCCUGAGUCAAUUGCUGAUGUGAUACCAGCUGAUAUGGUAGUCAAUUCGAUAAUAGUAGCAGCAAUGGUUCAUGCAAAUCAACCCGGAAAUCCAAGGAUAUACCAAAUUGGAUCAUCAGUUAAAAAUCCGGCAUCAUUAGCAUCACUGCACGAAAUGGCAUACGAGUAUUUCAAGAGGCAUCCAUGGAUUAACAAAGAUGGAAAACCAGUCAUAGUUGGCCAUGUUAGGGUCUUAGGCUCCAUGGAUAGCUUCAAGAGAUACCUUACUCUUCAUUACCUUCUACCCUUGAAGGCCUUGCAAAUAGCAAACAUUGCGUUAUGUCAGUACUUUCAAGGCACAUUAAGGGAACAAACCAGGAAGAUCAACAAUGUGAUGCGGCUGAUAGAAAUUUACAGACCAUAUUUAUUCUUCAAGGGAUUAUAUGAUGACAGCAACACGGAGAAGUUAAGGGUGGCAGCAAAAGAAAGAGGAUUGGAAACAGAUAUAUUCUACUUUGAUCCCAAACUUAUUAUCUGGGAAGACUACUUCAUCAACACUCAUCUUCCUGGUUUAGUCAAAUAUGUCUUCAAGUGAAACCCAUUAACAGCAAACAGCAGCCAACAACAUUAAUGAAAGAGAGGAAGAAAUUCGGUCCAAGUGUUUAAACAAAAGAUAAUUUGAUUUGUUACAAAAUUCACGAUUGAAUUAUUAUGUGAUUUGAGGGUACGUGUAAUCAAGUUUGAAGGCCUGAAGCCUGAUCACAGUCGAUGUAAUCUACUGUCUAGUAAUUCACUAAUUGGUGUUAGGGUCCUGGGAUUUGGAUUUGGGAUCGGACCAUAAUUAAUACUCAAUCUGUAUUAUUAGAUA